UAAUCAAAGUUCGGUGGGACUUAGUUUACCCAAAUAUUAAUUGCUAUUUAUGCCGUUCCUAUUUUAAUGGGUUGGGCAGUCGGGCUGUUCCUUCAACAAAAUAACUUGCAUUUGUCGUCUCGGGUACCGAAUCUAGAGGGAGACAGCGAAGGAAGAAUUAUGAGAAAUUGUUGAUAGGUUCGAAUAUCCAAGACGAUAAUGUCGAAAUCCAAAUCAUGGCUAAGUUUAUCCUGGGUUUUCGUUAUACAAAUCCUUUUUCAAUCGUCAUCGACAAUUGCUGCCACCAGAAAGGAGAUUGGCUUUCCAGAGAGGCGCAUUUGCAGAACAACAGUUCAAGGAAGAUAUUUAUUAUCUGAUGAUAAUGGCUAUGUGUGUGAUGCUCUCUCAUUGGAUCCACAGUACCGUUGCUGUCCUGAAAGAGGAGACAAAUUCUCUUGCCAUGGAUGCAACGUUCUUUCGCAGUGUUGUAACUCCUAUGAAUUUUGUGUUUCAUGCUGCCUACACCCUGCACGAACACAGAAGGAACAAGUUUUGAAACUAAAAGUAGCUAAGCCAUCUACAUCAGGGACAUAUCUCAGUGUCUUUGACUUUUGUGCUGGGAGGUGUCGGCAUAACUCUGAAAGUGUGGUUCAUGAAAAUGCCUAUGUUAGUGAUUUUCAUCAUUGCUUUUCUCUGCCAUCAAAUUCUUCUGGGUCAACCAUCUCACCUGUAGAAGCCAGACUUAAUGGUAUUAAUGUUGUCAUUGGAAGGCAAGGAGAGUCUUGUGAUUCAGUUUGCAAGUCAAAUGGACAAUCAUGCGUACUAAAUAAGCUUUUGAUACUUAACCAGUGUGAUAUUAUCCAGAAAUAUAUGAGCUGCAAAGGAGCAUGCUUGGCAAGCGUUGGACCCGAUCAACCUGCUGAAGUUGUAGAUGAUGCUCCCAAAAAUUUGAAUCCAGGAGCAUGCUUGUAUACUCGAACACAAUCAAUGCUAUCUUGUGAUGGUUCUCAUCGGCAUACCAGGAGACUUUGUCCCUGUGCAUAGUGCAUCACCUUGAAUAAUGGUGGGACAGUUCCAGAGUUGAAUCAUGUCUUAAGUCGGGCUAUUUAUUCCCGAGUACUUCUUGAAGGCAUCAGACUUUCAGGAGACAAAUUUUUGCAUUGGACCUAAACGUACCUGUUGGUGUUUCGAUAUGAAUUUGUUAGGACAGAAAUGUAUAGGGUUGCACGUGUCUUGACAUUGUUGUAUAAUAUUAGAUGCAAAAUGCCAUUUACAUGCUAAUUUAAGUUCAAAUUCCAUGCAAUACAAGAGAGUAGAGGUUGUGGUUUUUUCCCUAUCAAUGGGGUGAAAUCAAGGGGAAAAUGUUAUUACUUGCAAGCAAAGCAUUGAAUUCUGACUUUGCUUCCGAGUAAACUGAUAGCGUAAGCUAUGUUUUAGGGUUCUUUUAAAAAUUCUGGUCUUGAAUGAGAGGGAUAUGGUUUCAAUGUUUAUCAUCUAUUUUCCUUUUUAGAAAUUUUCCAAAGAAAAAGUUAAAAUA